AGUUGGUGAACAGGAGAAGGACAAGUAAACCCUUGAUGUAAAUCGCCGGGGCCGUACGAUACCGUCGCUUUCCCCGAGACGGAAUCUAUCUUCUUCUUCCUCUCGAGCCAUAUCCAUAUCCAUCGACGUGGCGGCACCGGAAUGCGUGUUCCUGUUACGCAGUCUCCAAAUCCUCAAGCUGCGCCGACGAACGCUUCCUGAUCAACUGCCUCUCUCAUCUUUACUUUCCAUCUGAGCAAAAAUCUGGAUCCGCGGACUCUUGUUUUGGUUCCAUUGUAAACCCUAAGCGAUUCCGUGGUUUUAUUUUUCUCUCGCUGUUUCGUUUUACUUAUUGGUUUCGGAUCUGAAUCCGGAUCUUGUUCGAGCAUCGGAGCCCUAAUUUAUUGCGUCCUCUCAGUUGUAAGAGACCCGUGUUGGUUUCAGAGGUAACAGGUUCGUAGUUCGCGUUAUCUGUUUGGCAGGAUGCGCUUCGGGAAGGUAUUAAAAGCGUUGGAUUGAUUUGAAGGCUUCGAAUCGUCUGGCGCGUUUGUUUACGUGUAUUGUGAUGUGUAUGUUGUGGAGUGUCUUUAAAUUCAAGUGUGAGUAAGGUUAAAUAACCGAGAGAUGUCAGUUGAGAGAUCGUUUGAGGCAUGGGAAGAGGUGCAACGGCAUGGGCAAGAUUUGGCGGACAGGCUUGCGCAGGGUUUUUCGGGCUUGAUUCAGUCCCACAUUACUCCUCCAUCGUUCCCUUGGCCUAAUACUCAAAAACCAAAUCUGUUCGAUGUUGAUUUCCCAACCCAGGGUUUUGGUAAAAGGGAUUUUGGUCUUGCAACGGAUACUUCUGGAAUCAGUGGGGUUUCAGCUAUUUUUGAUAUCGGGAACAGGUUAGGGCAGGCUGGGGCGGACUUUGGGGCAUGCUUGAAUGGUGUGGUUCAGCAGUUCUUCAGGAGGUUGCCAGUGCCAUUUCGGCAAGAUGAGAAUGUGGUAGCAUCGCUGAGGACGGAGCUGAAUAGUCAAAGGACUGACGCGGGUCUAGCUAUGCAGGAAAAUCUAGGUUCCCUGGCAGAUCAGUUUCGAGGCUCUGGCUGUGCUGAGAAUGAAAUAACUUCUGAUGAUGCGUCAAUGGACGAUGAAAUGUCUAGCUUUAAUUUGAAGUUGGCUGGCCUUUUUGGUAGAUCACAGGGGACGUUUAAUGUUACAUCCACUUAUGACAGUAGAACACAUGAUGUGGAAGGUUCUUUGGUUGCAAGAGGAGACUUGUGGAGGGUGGAGGCAUCACAAGGUAGUUCGACAUCAGGGAAUCAGAAUUCGUCCAUGUUCCUCGUGCAACUUGGACCAGUUCUCUUUGUUCGUGAUUCAACACUUCUUCUGCCAAUUCACCUGUCAAAGCAACACUUGCUUUGGUAUGGUUAUGAUAGAAAGAAUGGAAUGCAUUCUCUUUGUCCAGCUGUAUGGUCAAAGCAUAGAAGGUGGCUAUUGAUGUCAAUGCUAUGUCUCAAUCCAUUGGCAUGUUCGUUCAUGGAUUUGCAGUUUCCAAAUGGUCAGUUCACGUAUGUUUCUGGUGAGGGAUUAUCCACCAGUGCUUUCCUACCUUUUUGUGGGGGCCUGCUUCAAGCUCAAGGACAAUAUCCAGGAGAAAUGAGGUUCAGUUUCUCUUGCAAGAAUAAAUGGGGAACGCGCAUCACACCCGCAAUACAAUGGCCUGACAAAUCGUUUACCCUGGGUCUUGCACAGGCUUUAGCUUGGAAGCAAUCUGGUCUCAUGGUUAGGCCAACCGUCCAAUUCAGUGUGUGCCCAACAUUUGGUGGAAGCUAUCCUGGGUUGCGUGCAGAACUAGUACAUUCUGUUAACGAGGAGCUGAGUCUGAUGUGUGGUUGUGCUUUCAUGACACAUCCGUCUGCAUUUGCAUCAUUAUCUCUUGGCAGGUCCAAGUGGAAUGGAAAUAUUGGGAACUCGGGGAUAGUUGUGAGAGUUGAAACUCCUCUCAGCAGCGUUGGCAGGCCGUUCUUUUCUGUUCAGUUAAAUAGCGGUAUUGAGUUUUGAUAGCAACCUACCUGUCCUGGGGAUCGGUUAAAAAAGUGUAAAUAAAAACCAGCCUUUACCUCAUUCCUGUUCGAUAGUUAAAAAAUGUGAAUGUAUGUGCAUUGUGAAUAUCUUUGUGAUCUGUGAACCUCUGAAAGUGAUGCAGCUUCUUGAUGCCCCGUGCAACUUUGU